UAUAAAUUUUUAAACUACUAGUAGAAACGUCCACAUAUGAACAAAUGUCUAUCCAAAUCCAAUGUUGUGGAGAAUAUCUCCUACGUCUGCGUCUGCGGUUCUUUCCAAUUUUAUCAGAUUGGUGCUCAACAAAUUUUAUCCACUAAAAUUUCCUUCUUUAUAAGGAGAAAUUCAUUUUCUUUUUUCAAAUUGUCCAAAUUUAAAAGCAACCACCAUCACAUUUAGCAGUUCUUCAGCUCCCUCUCUCUCUCUCUCUCUCUCUCUCUCUCUCUCUCUGCUGGUACUCCUCCCUCGUUCAUGGCUUCCAGAAUCUUGUUUAGCCCUAUUCGCGACAUCCCCAUUUCAAGCGAUAAAUUGCUAAGACCCUCUCGAAGAGCUCCUUUUUUUAUAUUCCCGCCACUAAAUUCUCUUUCUGGGUGUAAUAGCUUCUCCAAGAGCAUUUCAAGUUCCAAAGCAAAAUCAUCGGUUCUUCAAGCUGUGAAAGAAGAUGUCCUUCAAUCCUCGAAUUUAGAGUCAACCCUCGAUUCGCAAGCCACCCCUCCUGCAUCUUUUAAGUUUGUUCUCGUCGUUGGCGCCUCAGGUGGUGUUGGGCAGUUGAUAGUUGCAUCAUUGAUUAAUAGGAAUAUCAAGUCACGACUUUUACUACGAGAUACUCAGAAAGCAGCUACUCUGUUUGGUAUACAGGAUGAGGAUAUGUUGCAGGUAUGCAGAGGGGACACACGGAACCCUGGGGAUUUGGACUUGUCUGUAUUUGAGGGAGUCACACACGUGAUUUGCUGCACAGGAACAACAGCCUUUCCUUCAAGGAGAUGGAAUGGAGAUAACACACCAGAAAGAUUGUUGAUUUUUCCCCCCCUUGACUCGGAAGAUUGGGAGGGUGUGAGAAACCUUGUCUCUGCAGUGCCUCCAUCAGUGAAGAGAAUUGUUCUUGUUUCAUCAGUGGGAGUAACCAAGUUCAAUGAACUCCCAUGGAGCAUAAUGAACCUGUUUGGUGUUCUCAAGUACAAGAAGAUGGGAGAGGAUUUGGUCCGCAAUUCUGGUGUUCCAUUUACGAUAAUCAGAGCUGGUAGAUUAACCGAUGGGCCAUACACAUCAUAUGAUCUGAAUACUCUGAUCAAAGCAACAGCAGGGCAACGGCGUGCAGUCCUUAUAGGCCAAGGAGAUAAACUUGUUGGGGAGGCUAGCAGAAUUGUUGUUGCUGAAGCAUGCUUGCAGGCAUUGGACAUACAAUUUACUGAAGGGGAAAUAUAUGAAAUCAACUCAGUUGUGAUUCAUCUCAGCUGCAGUGGGAUUUUACCUGAAAGCUACAGAAGACACAAUGUAGUUCUCUUUUCAAGAAAUAACUCCCGAACCGCUCAUCCUCACAUGCCUAAAACUUGAAAUUUACAUGCUAACAUGACUGCUGACUGGUUCUAUUCCUUUUCAUGAUGAUAGUCAUUGUGCUUUUUGGCAAUGUGAAUGGUGAAUAGAAACUGAAUAUUCUUUUUUUUUUUUUUUUACCCCCAGAACUGCAUUGUUUUGCUGUUCUUUGUAGUUAAUUAGCAUUUGAUGGAUAUCCUUAAAAGGAACAAUUUUAACUGAAUCACCCCUGUAUUCUCCCCUAUUCCAGUUAAUUUUUUUCCCUUUUGUCUCC